GGUUUAAGGCAGGAAAUAGAAUCCGUGACCCAAAUAACGACUCUGCUACUGCUGCCGCCUUCAGGCCCGGGCUGUCGUCAUAAUGGCGGAGUGUCUCGCCAAAGUCCCCGAUGUGGAGAUCGAUCCCGAUGGAACCUUUAAAUACAUUCUGGUCAGAGUUAGAGUGAAAGACGGCGAAAUGCAUAAAGAUGUAGUCCGAGGCACAAAAAAUGCAGAAUACCACAAUCAUAUUUUUGAGAAGGUGAGCCCAGCCCUGGAGCCUUUGGGGAUGGAGUGCAAAUGCCUCGGCGGAGGGAAAAUAGAGCACAACAGCAAGGAAAAGAAAAUACGAGUAUUUGGAGAAUCGACGGCCUUUGGGAAGGCAGACCACUCUGUGUCUGUGGAGAAGCUGAAGUCUGUCUUCAGCGACUAUGAGAUCACCUGGUCUGAUGACACAAAAUGAGCAUUAGAUUCUAUUCACAAUGAAAUAAAACAUUUCUGACGUUUGAAGAAGAA